AUGUCUGGAACGGAGGUUCAUGGCGGUGAUACCAGCCCCACGGGUCAGCCAAGACAGAGCAGAAUUCACAGCGUUGGAUUACCGGCUCGCGCGUCCCUGCUUCCGGAACCCCCGCCUACCGGAAAUGGCGCUCCACCGCCGAUUCCACGACGCCAUUCAGCCACACCUGCGGUAGCUCCGCCGCCGAUACCAUUGCGAUUACCAGCGAUUCCGAAGCGGAGCAAAAACGAGAAACCGAUACCGAUACAAGCGUCGACGAGACAAGAAACGAAUCGAUCAACGAACGAUCCAACCGCAACGAUACUACCAACUUCCUGGACACACGACGCGAACAGCGAGAAGCUGAUAGAUCUGGGCCCGUUCAGAUCUCAAGAUCAGUCGGCCAAUCAGGAUUACUCGUUGAGCUUCCCGGGCAAAGAGACGCACCCGACGAAUCAGGACAACGAUUUCGUCGCGGAUUUCGAUAAAGCGAACUUCGAGGAGGAUUGCAAGCUCAGCCAGAAGUCGAGCUUCGAGGAGCUUCAGAAGGCUUCGCGCGAUCUCGAGAAGAGGCUGCACGAGAGGAUCGUCAAGAGCGCGGAGUCGAAGUUUAAAGAUCAUCAGACGGUCAGGGACGAACGUCAGAGGCAAACGAAUCUGCAGAAUGACAGGCUUCACUCGUCGAAGACGGAGAAGGAGAAUGAAGAAAACGGUUGCGAGGAAACAGCGGGUGGGAAAUCUCGGGAUAAAAUAACCCCAUCUCGAAGGGAAGCUCUGCAGGAGGACGAGACGAAGUUCGCCGCGUUGGUGAGGUCGCGUCGUGAGGUGGAAAAACGAUGUAAGUUCGAGGAACUUCAAGCUGUCUCGAAAAAGCUGGAGAGACGCCUGCACGAGGAGGAUGAUCAUCUUCGCUCUUGUAAAGAGAGACCUAUCGGAAGGUACGAGGAACUGCAAAGAACGUCGCAAGACUUGGAAAGGCGGCUGCAUUCCGAGCAGAAAUCAUCGGAAGCGAUGGCUCGUGGAAAAUACGAGGCGGAGAUGGAUAGAGCGAGGAAUAUUCUGCAGCAUAUUCUGCGGAAGGACAGGAGCAGCGGCGAGAAACUGGAGAAAUUGCCGAAGGCAACUCAAACGAAUCUUCCGCCGCCUCUGAGCGCAGUUUCUCAGAGUUCGGUGCCGAAACCCAUCAGCGUACGACAGGAUAGUAACGUUUCUUCGGAUAGUUUCAGUCAAACUAGCUCGCCCAGCUACACCAGCAAAACGAUGGAAGCGCCUCUUCUCCCUCAAAGAUAUGGCAAGGUUCCAGAUAGGGCACUAGUGUCAGAGCCAGACAAUUCGUCAAACAGGACAAUAACAAAAUCGACCAGCACCCCGGCCAGCUUACAGGCGAUCGUCAGAGUUCACGGCGGUAAUAACAGCUCGUUACAUCACAAGAUCAUCAGAGACAUGGCAAACAGUCGGUAUGUGACCACGGGAAGACUUCGUCUCAGGUUCGUCCAGGUGUUCUUCAACGCCGUCGCGUUGUUGAUCAUAGCUGGGGGUUUGGCCAUAUACUUCAAGUCAUACCUAGAGACCGUAAUACGCCUGGAAAAUAAAACGAUCUACAGCAACGUGAUGGCGUUGAUAGAACGAACGCCAGCGACGAUCGAACAGAAAAAUCCAGCACCCGGAGUGUGUCUACCUGUGAUCGUGACAUUCUGCCAGCACCACAAGGUUCCGUAUAAUUUCACCGUGUUCCCGAAUUACAUGGGUAAUGUCGCACAGCGCGAGGCUCAGCACGCCCUCGAACAUUAUGACGCUGUGAUCGACGUCAGAUGCUAUGAAUUGGCCGCCCUGUUCCUGUGCAGUGUUUUUGUGCCGAAAUGUGGAUCACGGGGACACAUCGUGCAACCCUGCCGAAGCCUCUGCUUCGAAACCAAGAGACGUUGCGGAUUUUUCCUGAACGUGUUCGGCUUAACUCUUCCGGACGACCUGGAAUGCGAUUUGUUCCCCGAGAAUUCCAAUCCCGACGAGUGCGUGGGCCAUCAGGAAGUACUGGAGGCAGCCGAAAGAGCAGAGAAACCCGUAUGCACCAGCGGUUUCCAAUGCGAUCGGACCAGGUGCAUUCCGGCCGACUGGCGAUGCGACGGCCACUUGGAUUGUGCCGAUCAUAGCGACGAGAUUGGAUGCGGCGAGUGCACCCUCUCCUCCUCCUCCUCCACCUCGGUUUCCACAUUCAACACCAAGAUUGUCAAGAAGCCCAUUCUGGCGAAAAACACCGAGCCCAAGUCGCCGUUGCACUGCGGCGAAAGAAGGUGCAUGUCUGCCAGUCUUAUCUGCGACGGGAUCAUGGACUGUCCCUGGGGACAGGAUGAACGAUACUGCUUGAAUCUGAGCCAGCGGAACGGAGACGUGGGUGAAGGAAGAUUAGAGGUUUAUCAUGCGGAGAUGGGCAAAUUUAUGCCGGCCUGCAUUUCGCAUUGGGAGCCAAACUCUGCUAAAACAAUCUGCUCCAUGCUGGGCUACACGGUUGCAGUAUCAGCGAGGGUGAUAGCUCAAGAGAACAGCAAUAUCACUCAAGGCGAGCCCAAGAACCUUCUCAAAGGAUUUCAAGACUGUAUCACGGAUCUGGAGGUCUAUCCCACGGUUGAGCUAACCUGUUCAGAAUACGCGUGUGGACGAAGGAGGACGAUUUACGGAAACGCUAGGAUAACAACACGGAUCGUGGGUGGUGUGGAAUCGUCGCCUGGUGAUUGGCCGUUCUUGGCAGCUCUUCUCGGAGGACCCGAACAGAUCUUUUAUUGUGCUGGUGUCUUAAUUGCCGAUCAGUGGGUUCUGACUGCCUCGCACUGCGUGGGAAACUACACCGACGUAUCCGGAUGGACAAUACAACUGGGUGUCACCAGGAGACACUCUCAUACUUAUCUCGGACAGAAACUGAAGGUGAAGACUGUGGUUCCUCAUCCUAAUUACAAUUUGGGCGUUGCUCAAGACAACGACGUGGCUCUGUUUCAGUUAGAAAAGCGAGUCCAGUUUCACGAACAUCUGAGGCCAGUCUGUCUGCCAAGUAUGGACAUGGACCUCGCACCUGGGACAUUGUGCACAGUGAUAGGUUGGGGCAAGAAGAACGACACUGACACAUCAGAAUAUGAGCCAUCUAUAAACGAAGUCCAGGUACCAGUGCUGGACAGAAAGAUCUGUAAUCAGUGGCUAGCUGUGAAUGUAACCGAUGGAAUGAUAUGUGCUGGCUAUCCUGAUGGAGGGAAAGAUGCAUGCCAAGGUGACUCAGGAGGUCCUCUGCUGUGUCAAGACAAACACGACAAAGAGAAAUGGUUCGUCGCUGGUAUAGUAAGCUGGGGAAUUAACUGUGCCCAACCAAAACUACCAGGUGUUUAUGCGUACGUGCCAAAAUACGUGCCCUGGAUCCAGAGCGAAAUAGCUAAAUAUUCUGACAUGGGUAUGGGUUAAAGAAGUCUAAAAGAAGAUGGAAGAAGCUAUAAAAGAAGAUGAAGAAUCCACUGGCUCUAAGAUUUAAUUAA